AUGUCUACCACGCCUCUUAAAGGAUCCUGCUUGUGUGGCAAUGUCAAGCUCACCCUUAAGGGUAACCCCGUCAAGGUCAUGACAUGCUACUGCGUUCAUUGUCAAAAAUCUGGCAGUGCACCUUAUCAAACCAACGCCAUCUUCCCAACAGACCAAAUCGAAAUUGAUGAUCCACAAGGCUUUAUCAAGAUGUAUACUGUUCCAAAGGAAGAGAUCGAUAGCGGCUUUGAAAAGCAAAAGUACUUCUGUAGCAACUGUGGUUGCCCUCUCUUUAACCGGCCCAUGAAGCAUCAAGGCACCAAGACGGUCGUCAAAACAGGCAUCUUAGAUGCACCCGCUGGUAGUGGCAUUCCAGGAUCGGAAGUGCUCAAGCCUGCUGUUGAAAUCUUUACAAAAGAUCGUGCUUCGUAUGUUGCUCCCAUUGAAGGCUGCGCCCAAUUCGAAAAGGCUGCUUCUUAG